AUGAUCUUGGCAUUCGCUCUUUCCUAUCUCAUGGUCAUCCACUUCUCAGACGCAGCGAGAAUUGAUCCGUGUCAAUUGCCCUUGGAUCCAGGAUCGUGUUUUGGUCAUUUUGAUGCAUGGGGCUUCGGUUCUAGCAAUGGGAAAUGCGAGAAGUUCGUCUACGGAGGCUGCGGCGGAAAUGCUAAUCGAUUUCCGAGUGAGGAAGAAUGCAAAAAGACUUGUGGUGGUUCAGGUACUUGA